AAUUCCACAAGAUUUGGGUCCUCUCUAGCAAAAGCCAAAGGGGGCUAAUCAGAAAACACGAACAGGAAUUAGACAACAAUUGGGGAUUGGGGAUUUGGGUGAUUUGUCUCUCAAUCUCCGUCUAAUCCGCCGGAACUGGAAUCUUCUUAUUCUCCCCUCUCUACCCAGUCAAGAUUACGGCUUCCAAUUAUGGGGAAUUGCUUUACUAAGGAGCAUGAUGAUGUGGAUGGGUCUGAUCACAAAGUUGAUUUUACUGGUGGAAAUGUGCAUCUCAUCACAACCAAGGAAGCUUGGGAGCAAAAGCUUGAUGAAGCAAAGAGAGAUGGAAAGCUUGUAGUAGCCAAUUUUAGUGCUGCGUGGUGUGGCCCUUGUAGAGUAAUUGCACCUUUCUACGUCGAGCUGUCAGAGAAACACCCUUCGAUAAUGUGCCUCACAGUCGAUGUAGAUGAACUUACGGAAUUUAGCACAUCAUGGGAUAUAAAGGCAACUCCGACCUUCUUCUUCCUUAAAGACGGUCAACAAAUCGACAAACUUGUGGGUGCUAAUAAGCCAGAACUAGAGAAGAAGUUGAUUGCCGUACUAGAUUCAGUCGCCCCACCAUGUCAAACGUAGUUACUUUGGCUCGUAUCCUGCCAUCGAGCUCAAGGAAUUGGCAGAUCUUCUCUUCUUUUUCUUGUGAUUAAGGACGUAUAAAAUUGUAAAUCCAAGAGUGCUAAUGUUUCGAGUAUGUAUGUGUGGGAUAUGCUAUUAUAAGAUAUGAGUAAAGAGUGUAUUUUUUCCUAAAA